AUGGCAACGAUUAAAAUUCAGGACGUAGAAAAAUUGGGAAAGCAGUUGGGUUUCACUUUCGAAGGAAGAAAUUUCCAUAAUGUGUCACUGGGCCAAGGUCAAGAACCUGUGGCCGAAGAAACUAUAGAACUGUCAGCGGACGGAGGUCACUGGGUAAUUUUGCAAAAUGUCCAUUUAGUCAGAAAAUGGUUACCUACGUUAGAAAAAAAAAUGGAACAAUGCGCGGAGAAUCCACAUGAUGAUUAUCGAUUGUUCAUCAGUGCUGAACCCAGCCCUAAUCCUCACGAGUCAAUAAUACCUCAGGGUAUACUAGAAUCAGCCAUAAAGAUCACAAAUGAACCGCCAUCAGGAAUCCAAGCGAAUAUUCACAAAGCGUUAGAUAACUUCACUCAGGAAACUCUAGAAUCCUGCAGUAAGGAAACCGAAUUCAAAGCUAUAUUGUUUGCACUCUGUUAUUAUCACGCUGUAGUUGCAGAACGUAGGAAAUUUGGGGCGCAAGGAUGGAAUAGAUCCUAUCCAUUCAACUUCGGCGAUUUGACUAUCAGCGUUUCCGUACUAUUUAAUUAUUUGGAAAAUAGUAUCAAAGUACCUUGGGAAGAUCUUCGUUAUUUAUUCGGAGAAAUAAUGUACGGAGGUCAUAUAACAGAUGAUUGGGAUAGAAGACUAUGCAGGACAUAUUUAACGGAAUAUUUAAAACCUGAAUUAGUUGAAGGUGAAUUAUAUCUUGCGCCAGACUUUUUGGUGCCACCAAAUAGUGAUUAUGAUGCAUAUCAUCAAUACGUUGAUAACUACUUACCUGCCGAGAGUCCUGUUCUUUACGGGCUUCAUCCUAAUGCAGAAAUUGGUGGAAGAUCGUACACCAUUUGUGACAGUUGCUUUACAAGAAUGCGAACGAAUGAAUCUAUUGUGUGAAGAACUUCGAAGAUCUCUACAAGAAUUGGAAUUAGGCUUGAGAGGAGAGUUAACUAUCAAUGCUGAGAUGGAAGAGCUAGAAAAUUGUAUACUGAUGGAUAUUGUUCCAAUAUCUUGGACGAAACGAGCUUAUCCUUCAGAAUUAGGAUUAAACAGUUGGUUUGCGGAUAUGUUGAAUCGCAUAACUGAAUUAUCUAAUUGGACUUCCGAUUUCAAUUUACCACCAUCAGUGUGGCUAGGUGGUUUUUUCAAUCCUCAAUCAUUUCUAACUGCAAUUAUGCAGCAAACUGCACGCAAAAAUGAAUGGCCACUGGACAAAAUGUGUUUAUAUUGCGAAGUAUUGAGAAAAUACAAAGAAGAAAUCACAUCAGCGCCAAGAGAAGGCGCAUAUAUAAACGGAUUAUAUAUGGAAGGUGCACGAUGGGAUAUGCAAGCAGGAUGUAUUAUGGACUCUCGAUUUAAAGAAUUGUUUCCAUUAUUACCAGUAAUAUAUAUUAGAGCGAUUACACAGGACAAACAAGAUUUAAAGAAUAUGUAUGAAUGUCCUGUAUAUAAAACACGAUCACGAGGUCCUACUUACGUAUGGACGUUCAAUUUGAGAACUAAGGAAAAGGCUAGUAAGUGGAUUCUUGGUGGAGUGGCAAUUUUAUUACAAAUCUAAUAUUUAAUGUAUUAAAUUAUGAAUUAAAUUAAAUAAAGGAUUAAAUAUUAUGCUAUAUUAUAAUGUUAUAUUAUAUUAUAUAAUAUAUUAUAGUAUAUCGUAGAUGAUGUUUUUUUUUAUAUAAUAUAAUAUUAUUAUUCACAUUUAUAUAAUAUAAAUAUAAUUACACAUUAUAAUAUAAAUAUAAUAUAUGUUAUAUUAUAUAAAUGUGAAUAAUAAUAUUAUGUUAUAUAAAAAAAAAUAUCAUCUACAAAUGAUAUUUAUUUAUUUCAUAUUUAAUUUCUUUAAAUCAUAAAAAUUCAUGUAUCCAAUUUAUAUAAUUAUGAAUAUGAAAAUAUAUUUUUAAAUAUUAUAAAGAAAAAAUUAUUACAAAAUUAUUACAAAAAACGCAAUUUAUUUAUAAUACUACUUUAUUUAUAAUACUACAUAUAAUACUAGAAAUAUUUUGUACAUAUUAAAAUUUUUUAUUAGCAAUUCUUAUCUUCUCUUGAAUCCAUAUUUUUUCCUUUCGUAAAAUAGAUCAGUUUUGGAACUUCCAAGAUUUACAAUCUUUGGACAACCAUCUCUCUGCAAUGAACCAAAUUUUAAAUCUUAAUUUGAUAUUGUAUUUUAUAUUGUAUUAUACAUAAAACUAUACUAAGUUAUAAUUAUAUAAAAAAUUUUGGAUAAUAUUCUGCAAUAGGCCUUUCACUUUCAUUUUUAAAUAUUGUAAAUAAAGUUAUAUAUGUAUUAAAAUAAAAUUAUAUAUGUUUUAAAAUGUGAGGAACAUACCUAUGAUUAAUUUUAAAGAAUUAUUUAAAAAGGAAGAAAUACAUUGUUGGUAUUCAAAAUAAUCAUUAUUUGCAAUACCAUGUAACAAAGAUUUUCAAGAUAAAAAAAAUAUUUAUAUAUAUUUAAUUAAAAUCGUUUUCAUUAGGUUAUAAAAUAUUUUCCAGACCAUAGCUAGUAUAAUCCAAACUAUAAAUCAAACUAAUAUAAUCAUUUUCAAAUUUUCUUCAUUUUCUGUUAAUAUUGUUUCCAUUACAAAAAAAAGCAAAUAUAUUACAUAAAAAAUUUGCAAAUAAAUACAUUAACCAAAAGAUCAAUAAUUUAUUAUGAUAUUCAUGAAAUGAAAUCUAAAUGAAAGAUAUAAUGAUAAAAAUAUGUUGAACGAAUCCUUGAAGUAGCUUGAGAAUUUAGUAAUAUGAUUGAUUGAACAAAAUUAAAUGUUACAUUAACUGAUGCCUAAUUAAGAUUGAGAAACAUUCAUUUAAUAAUCUUCAAUUAAUCAAUUAAUCUUUAAAUUUUUUGAUCUUAUUUUCCUAUAAAACUUUUACUUCUCAACAUUUUUUUUACAAGGAAUUUAUGAAUAAUCAAAUAUUCUAAAUCUGCUUCAAAACAUAACAUAAAAUAGAAAGUAAUAAAAAUGACACAGUCAUCAGUUUAAUCACAUUCUACAUAUUACAACAAAUGUUAAAUUAUUUUUUAAAUAACUUACAUCUUUCUCCUGAAUCGUGCAUUCCUUGCAAUAGUAAGCAUCAGAUACACCAGGUCCACCACAGAUAACACAUCGACCCUGGUAAGAUCCGUAAUUGCAUUCAUCACAAAUUCUAACCAGAGUACAAGGCCUUACAUAGGAAUCACAAAUUACACAUUUACCAUCACAUUUUUCACAUAAUCUCCCUAUUGCUGAAAAUAAAAAAUUUUAUUUACUCCAUACAAAAUCUUAUUUUCUUCAUUCAAUAAUGCACUUUCUUAUAUUAUAUAUAUAUAUAUAUAAUUUUAUAUGUAACUUUUACAUUAUAUGUUUAUCUGUUUUAUAUUAUACGUUUAAUGAUUAUUAUAUAUAAUCUUUCUAUAUUUAUAUAUUAUAUUCUAUAUUAUAUAUAAUCUUUCUAUAUUUCAGUUACAUUUCAUAUACAACAAUGUUAUAAGUAUGUUUAUAAUUUUAUGUUCAUUAUAUAAAUUAUUACAUAAAUUGAAUUAAUUUUAUAUAAACUAAAAUUAAAAUAUAUAAAUACAUAUAUAUUUUUAAAAAUUAUUGUUGUAUAAUUGUUCUAUAAUUACCAAUGAACAUUCAAAUAACAAAUCUAAUUAUUUAUUAAGGAAGCACACUAUUUGUUUAUGUAAUAUUACUACACAUACCGGGACAAAAAAUAGCACAUUCUAAAAAUUAUUAAAUUUCUAUUUAUUAAACAAAUGAUACAAAAUUUUUCUUAUAGACAUUCUUCUGUAAUACUUUUAUCAAUAUGUAUAAAUGAUAUAAAUUAAUGCAAUACAUUUUGUAUUAAAAAAGAAAUAAAAAUAUGGCAAUAUUUAGUAGAUCAAAAUGAUAGUACAUUUCAUAGAAAACAAUGAACAGAAACAAAAGAAACGAGUUUGACAAUUGUCAAAAUUUAGUAGAACCCCUUUGAAUUUAAUAACGGCAGCCAUUCUUUGAGACAAAGAUUUAUAUGAAGAUUUAUAUUUCUUGAUGAUUUUCUGUUUUAAUUCUUUUCAUUUCUUCACAACUUGCAAUUAAUGAUAACUUGCAAUUAGUUGUUGUUUCUUUCGUAAAUCAUAAUAGUAAUGGAAGCUAUCAGGUCUGUCUGAAUUUCUUUUCAUUGCUAAUGACUUUUUUGCUAUUUCUUAUUUAUAUAAACAUGUUUCUUUGUAAAUUGCAAAUGACACAACUUAUGCUUUUGUUUUAACCAAGGUUUUCGUUGUAUUUUUCAUUCUUUCAGAUGUUCACAACUCUUUAAAAGACAUUGAACAUUCCAAACAUUUAUUGUAAAUCCAGCUUUUCCUGUAAUUUGUCUCGCAGUCAAGCUUGAAUUUGACGUCACACGUAUAAUAGCACGUUUAUCCUGAGUUGUUAGACACUGCAGUCGUCCACAACUUUUUCUUUUUCCAUGAUUAUUGGAAUCCUUUAUUGAAUUCAUUAUCAUUUUACUUCAACUUUGGUUAUUUUUUAUCACAGAAUAAUGUUCCUUGCUUACAUUCAAUAUUGUCUGUAUUUUAGCUGGAUUUAAAUUCCAAAAAUGGUCGCAUUUUCCUGUGACCCAUUGUUGCAAAUUUAUUUAUUUAUUAUGUUAAUAUGCACUUAACUGACUGUAUUUUACACAAAUGUUACGCUUUCAAAAACUUCUGUACGACUGAGGAACGUAAAUAUUCGACUUGUGUCAUAUACGUGUUUUUUUUGUUACGACUGCACAAUACUUACAUUUUCGUUUGUAUCUCUUUGAGAAAUUAUACUUAGUCAUACAUUCAGCAUACUACACAUACAUCCACGCCCACGAAUACUGAAGUAAUAAUCUACGCAUUCUAUCUACUUCAUGAUAUAUAAUAUAAGAAAAUAUAGAGUGUGUUAUCUUUUUGUCUCGGGGUUUAUAUACUGUACAUGACAAUAUAUUUGAAUUAAAAACAAAAUUUAAAAUAAUUAAACCUUUACUAAAACAAAUAAUAGUAAAAUAAUUCUACUUUUUCGAGCAUGAAUUUCACAAAAAAUUGAUAUUCUUCAAACAGAUAAUAAAUUAAUUAAUAUACAUGAUUCUAACCUAAAAUUCUAAAUUGUAACUUAACCUAAUAUAAAUCUUACCAACUCCUGGUUGUUUUCUGCAAAAAAUUAAAUCAGGAUGAUGUUUUGCCAUAUCACAGAAUUAGCGGAAUAUUUUAAUACGAAUAUUUUAUACAGAAUACAAAUUGUAUAAAUAUUUUUAGAACAGUCUUAACUGUGUUUACGUCUUAGCUUUGUUUAUGUUUCCUUUCAAAUCAACGGUUUCAAUAAUUCAGCAUGUGUGAAUAAUAAUUAAAAUAGACGAACAUUAAACCAAAAAUUAGAUAUUUUCAACUCUGUAUUUUUAUUUUAUUUGUAUUAAAAUAAUACAAUAUCACUGCACUUAUUUUAGCAAUUAUUUUUAGGAUUAUUUCACAUAGAUUAGUAGUUGGUACCCAUGGAAUGCUAUCACUUUGUUAGAUAAAGGCCGCGAAAAAUUGAAAUCAAUUAAAAAAAUAACCAUUAUUUAUAUUAUAUAUGUUAUUAUAUUAUAACUUGCUCGAAAUAUUAAUAUUCUAAAAUACAAAAAAUCAAUUCUUCUUGAAUUCGGAAUCUUCCGUAGUUCAAUCUUAAAAUCAUCAUCAAUUAAGAAUUUUCACAUUGUUAUUACUCUUAGUGCAAUUUAUAAUAUUUUUAUUCUUAAAAUUUGAAAUAUAUAUAUUAAGUCUCCUUUUCAGAAAUGGAUCUUUAAAAAUCAUGUGUAAUUCAACCGAAACUUUUAAUUUAUUACAAUCUAUAACAAUUAAAUUCAAAGUUUUCUAUUGUAGUAUUCUUAUUAUUUGCAUAUUUUAUUUGCAUUUCUUCUUAAAAUGUUGCAUAGAUCUAUUUUUCAUGUACUUGUACUACAGAUGAUUUUGAAUUUUUCUCUUAAUAUACGCGUCGACAUUACACAUAAAGCCAAGUUCAUACGCUAGCAUGACAAUAUUAAUGCAUAAAAUUUCAUGUGAGUAGAGAAAUAAUUUUUAGAAGUAUAUUACAAUAUUAUUUUACAAUAUUUACUCUACUUAUUUAUUUCUUUUCCUUUCUAGCUUAUUUAAUAUACAUAUAUAAAUUUAGUAUACAUAUACAAAAAAUAUGUAAAAUAUCCAUUAAUAAAGUUUUUAGUAGAUUUGUUCAAAUAAAAAAUUUAUUUGUAAAUAAAGUAUACAUUCAUACACUUUAUUGUUUAGUUACAGUUACAAAUAUACUAUGUAUUUAGUUUUGUAAUAAUUUGAAUAUGAAACGCUAUGGAGAUAUAAAAGACUGAUUUUUUGACUAAAAAGAAAAUUUAAAAGAAAACAGAUCUCGAACUAAUAUAUUUAUAAUUUAUAAUAUAAUAUAUUUAUAAUAUAUAGAAUAAAUAUUUAGAAAUAAUUAAGAAUUAAUAAUUAUCACGUUAUUUUAAUGAGUUUAUUUUAUUAUUAUUAAUAGAAAAAUGA